AUGCUUUCACUCCUAAGAUCAGAAGAUCAAAGUUCAUGUAUUUCUGACCCAAGGCAAGUAGUAGGGAGCCACAUACCAACACAACCUGUGACGACUCAGCCUAGCUGGGGUGCUUGUGACAGGACCACCAUCACAACCAUUGUGCAGGCUCCAGGAGAUUGGAGUACCAGCCUCUUCAAUGUUUGCAGCGACAAAAAAAUUUGUUUCUGUGGUCUCUUUUGUACCAUAUGUCUUGAGUGUAACAUCGCAAGGCAUUAUGGGGAAUGUUUAUGUUGGCCAUUAUUGCCCAACUCUACCCUUGCGUUAAGAGUAGGCACCAGAGAGAGACAUAAAAUACGGGGCACUUUGUGUGAAGACUGGCUGGUUGUGUGUUGCUGCUGGCCCUUUUCUGUCUGCCAGAUGGCUCGGGAACUUAAGAUGAAGUCAACCCAAACGUAUGAAGUCUGUACAUCUCCUUCAAGUCAAGUUUUUGGGGCUCUUGGAACUACAGAGUUCAUUGUUUAAAUGAAAUAUGUUUUUCCUUCUCUUAAAUACUGCAAACAACAAUUUAAUGAGUGGAAAAAAUUACCCCAUUUCCUUUAUAAUUAUUAUACAAUGGCAAAGUA